AUGAAUCCCAUCUACUUUCCUGCCGAACCUCGCUCUCCCGCGAUAAUCCGGAUUGGAGCGCCAGCCGGCGUCUGGAAGGAGGACUUGGACUUGGACUUGGGUAAACGCAAAACAUCAUCUAAGCCGCCAACGCAACGUGAGUCUCGAUCUAGCACCCCUAAUGAAGUCUGGAGUAACAAGGGCCAGAAAAGGGCCAGUGAAUGGGACGGUGAACUACCCAAGCAAGACGAAGCUCUCAAGAAAGGUCAACCGGCAUAUUACACUGUUACUAUUAACAAGGGGUUUUCUCUGCAGUUCAGCUGGAAAGAUGCGAAAGGAAAGAUCGGUGCCUUUGACAAGGUUUAA